AAUGUCCCUCCUGUGAGAGGGAGGUCUGUGUGCGGGAAGGCAUUUCAGUGUCAGAUGCAAUUUCUUAGGACCAAGACAAAUUGAGGCUCUGGGAGCAGAGAGGAUGAGGAUGGCCCCCCAGGAGCCAUGACGCCUUGGAGACAAGCGGAGCUCCCGAUCGUGCUCAAGAUCCCCGUGGUCCUCAGAGAGCAUCUUCCAGGUGCCAUGUCCGCUAAACAGGAAAAUCCACCGGGCAAUUGAGGGGAAACUGGUCAGGGAGAUGUAUAUAUACAGUGUGGAUAGAGAAGGCUGAGAACCACCUACUGAACUCAACAGUGACAGAUUUGCAAGUAACAGGCUAUACAACCAUCUCUGCUAUGAAGACAACAAGAAGUGUUGCCCUUCUUGGGCUUGUGCUUCUCAGCUGCCUUUCUGAUAUUGUUAUUGCUCAAAAACGGGCCUCCUGCGGCACGUACAUGUUGUCUGGAAAAGAGGGGCUUGCUUGUCCCCGCAACUAUGAACCCGUCUGCGGGACUGACGACGUGACCUACUCCAACGAGUGCUCCCUCUGCAAUGAAAUCUUCCGAAACCAAGCCGUCGACAAGAAGCACGAUGGAAGAUGUGUUAAGCUUGACUGUACUGGCUACCUGAGAUCCAGCGGUGGUGCGAUCCCCUGCACCCUGGAGUACAUGCCCAUCUGCGGCACUGACGGGAUUACCUACGCAAACAAGUGCAGCUUCUGCAAUGCUGUGGUGAAUGGACUGGACAUAGACCUGAGGCACAAGGGAGAAUGCUCAGAGCAGAUUGACUGCGGCGAACAGCCGGGUAACAAUCUCAUCUGCACCGCUGACUAUAAGCCCCUUUGUGGCUCCGAUGGCAAAACUUAUGGAAACAAGUGCCAGUUCUGCAGCGCAUUUUCGCGGAGCCAGGGAACUCUGUUCUUGAAACACCGUGGUGAAUGCUGAGCGCUGGAGCCAUACCCUUCGCCCUGAUUUUUCCCUUACAAAUCCUGCAGUCAAACACGCUCUUCCCUGCUCCCUCAACUGUUGCACAUUGGUCUCUGCUUUGAUUGAUCAAUAAACUAAACACAGCCACUCUCUUUGCCAUGGA